UAUAAUAUAGCACACAUUGAUGUUAAAAUCUUCUAUAAGUGAAAUAUAGCAUAAAUAAAUAAUUUCGCUUUAUGUAAGCCAAGAUGACGGCUAUCUUACCACCGAGAAUUCCCCACGAAAAGGGUUCUCUACUGUUUGUACUGUGUGCCGAAGUUUCUGUGUGUAAAUACAGUCUAAAUCAAACAUAUGGAUGAAUUAAUUAUAUACUAUAUAGUGUGUGUUUAUUACAAAUUAAAAUAUUAGCUAUAGGAGCGUUUCUCAUAAACAAAAAAGUGGUAAAUAUCACCAUUCAUAAUAUAACGUUAUAGUACUAGCUGUCAGUAGCUAAGUCUUAGUACAAAUUGGAAAUAUUCUUCUAUUAUAUAUUAAGUUAAUAGAAGUUAGAGCGUAUAGCGAAUAGAAUUAUUAAAUACAAAAAACUAUAAGAUGUCUGAACCUACCGACCACAUAAAAUCUUUGGAUCCCCAAGCACCAGUAACCAGAAAAGGUUAUUUGAUAUCAAUAAGAAGUGGAGAACCGAUUGAUAUAAAGGAUUCUGAUGUGCAUGGCCGAUGUCGUGCCGUUACUGAAUAUGACAAAUUAAAUCGCAUUGGUGAAGGCACUUACGGCAUAGUUUAUCGAGCCAGAGACUCACGAACGAAUAGCAUAGUUGCUUUAAAGAAAGUACGAAUGGAUCAAGAAAGAGAUGGUCUACCUAUCAGCGGAUUACGAGAAAUAAUGAUUCUUAAAGCCUGUAAACAUGAGAAUAUUGUAAAUCUUCUUGAUGUAGUAGUGGGAAAAAGCUUGGAAAGCAUAUUUCUUGUUAUGGAGUAUUGUGAACAAGACUUAGCAUCAUUACUCGACAAUAUGGUGCAGCCCUUUUCCGAGUCGGAAGUCAAAUGUAUUACUUUACAAGUUUUACAUGGAUUGGAGUAUAUGCACUCCCGAUAUAUAAUCCAUCGUGAUUUAAAAGUGUCUAAUUUGUUAAUGACUGACAAUGGAUGUGUUAAAAUAGCUGACUUUGGUCUCGCUAGGAUUUAUGGUGAACCAACUACACCCAUGACCCCACAAGUAGUAACUUUAUGGUACCGUUCACCGGAAUUAUUAUUAGGAUCGCCAACACAAACAACAUCUGUGGAUAUGUGGGCUGUUGGCUGCAUUCUAGGUGAACUUUUGUCUCAUAAGCCGCUCCUACCUGGUAAUACAGAGCUCGGGCAAUUAGAUUUGAUAACAGAUUUACUUGGAACUCCGUCAGAGAAUAUAUGGCCUGAAUUUCUUAAAAUGCCAGCAUUGGAAAAUUUUACAUUAAAACAACAACCCUAUAACAAUUUAAAAACAAAAUUCCAGUAUUUGACUGUAGCCGGAUUAAGACUCUUGAACUUCUUAUUUAUGUAUGAUCCCAAGAAACGUGCCACCGCGGAAGAAUGUUUGCAAAGCAGCUAUUUUAAGGAACCGCCUUUGCCAUGUGACCCAAAAUUGAUGCCAACAUUUCCUCAACAUCGAAACCUAGCACAAACGAAGCAAACCACUGGACACCAAACUGCCGUUGAACUGCCAACAAUAUCGGCAAUAUUAGGUAGCAUAUUAAAGAAACGUCGUGUAGAUUAAAUGUUUCUAAUAUAAUAUAUUUGAAUAAUAAAGUAAAUAAAAUAUAACAUUACAUUGCAUAUUUUUUAUAAAUAAGGUCGGUCCAUCGGUGUAUUCUUUGCACGCUUAUCGCGUGAUCUCGGGAACCAACGAUGUUUCGUAGUAUAAGUGAGUUGCAUAAGCUCUUGACGCGCUAUUUCAGGUGUCUUUGUUUUAAAAGCGCUAAUUGUAUUUCCUAAGUAUUU